UGUGCUUGGGUGGACUAGUUUCCAAGGGACGGCCUUGUGCCACACAAUCUUGUAGAGAUAUUAUUUGAGCCCUUCGACUUAUAUUGCACAUGCAUAAAGUUGGAAGCAGCUAGAAUAGUAUCCAUUUUUGUCCACUGAGAUGGAGAAUGCUCAUGUCCUCUUAGCUUUUCCCUUUGCAGUAGUUAUCUUUGUACUUUCCUGGAGAGCUUUGAACUGGGCAUGGUUGAAACCCAGAAAACUAGAGAAAUGCCUUAGACAACAGGGCUUCAAGGGGAAUUCUUAUCGUUUCUUGCUGGGAGAUCUAAGAGAGCUGAACAAGGCACUGAGAGAAGCCAAGUCCAAGCCGCCAUUGAAUAAUCUUUCAGAUGACAUAGCCUCAAGAAUUGUUCCUUACUUCAUACAUUCCAUUCAACAAUAUGGUAAGAAUUGCUUUAUAUGGCUUGGGCCAAAACCAAUGGUGUUCAUCACGGACCCUGAGCUUAUAAAGGAGGUCUUUACUAAGCAUACUGUCUAUCAGAAGCCGGGUUUGAAUGGACUGACCAAAUUGUUGGCUGAAGGACUAGAUGUCAUUGAAGAAGAUAAAUGGAAUAAACAUAGAAAAAUCAUUAAUCCUGCCUUCCAUGUUGAAAAGUUAAAGCAUAUGCUGCCGGCUUUCUACACGAGUUGUGCUGAGAUGUUGGGCAAAUGGGAGAAGAUUGUGGCCGAGGAAGAAUGUUCAGAGAUAGAUGUGUGGCCUCACCUUCAGCAAUUGACCUGUGAUGCCAUUUCGCGCACCGCGUUUGGUAGUAACUACCAAGAAGGAAGGAAGAUAUUUGAGCUCCAAAUCGAACUAGCAGGGCAUGUAAUCGAGACAUCACGCUCACUUUAUAUCCCGGGAUGGAGGUUUAUCCCUACUAAGAAGAAUAGAAGAAUGAUGGAAAUUGACCGGCAAGUUCAAGCAUCAAUCGGGGAUAUAAUUGAGAAGAGAGUGAAGGCAAUGGAAGCUGGAGAAGCUACUAAGGAUGAUCUAUUGGGUAUUUUACUGGACUCCAAUUUUAAAGAAAUCGAACAACAUGGAAACAAUGAUUUUGGAAUGACCACCAAAGAGGUGGUUGAAGAGUGCAAGGUAUUCUAUUUUGCUGGGCAAGAGACCAGUGCUGUGUUGCUUGUCUGGACUAUGGUCUUGUUGAGUAGGCAUCAAGAAUGGCAAACGCUUGCCAGAGAAGAGGUUUUGCAGCUAUUUGGAAAAGAUAAACCAAAUCUCGAAGGAUUAAAUCGUAUGAAAAUCGUGACGAUGAUUUUGAACGAAGCCAUGAGAUUGUACCCACCAGUACCAGUGUUAACCAGGAGGACAAAUGAAGAAACUAAACUCGGAAAUGUAUUACUACCCUCGGGCGUUCUAAUCUCAAUACCAAUUAUCUUAUUGCACCAUAAUGAAGAAUUAUGGGGCAAUGAUGCAAAGGAGUUCAAGCCAGAGAGAUUCAGUGAAGGAGUGGCGAAAGUAAGUAAUGGACAGCUAACUUUCCUCCCAUUUGGCGGCGGACCUCGAAUAUGCAUCGGCCUAAACUUUGCAAUGCUUGAAUGUAAAAUGGCGCUAGCUAUGAUACUGCAACGCUUCACCUUCGACCUCUCUCCAUCAUUUACGCACUCUCCCAUCACUGUCUUCACUAUUCAUCCCCAGUAUGGUGCUCCCCUGCUUUUCCACAACUUAUAGCGUGUUUCUUCCCAUUCUACCCCUCAACACAAACACACUGGAUCUUUAUGGAAAUAAUAAACAAGUGUUGCCGACACGGGGAUAAAUAAAUGAUUGAUUUUAUUAGAUAAUUAAUUAAGUAUUUGUCCAUGAUCUUGUUAUUUAGUGGCACGAAGUGGUUCUCUCAGAUAGGGAAGGUCUGUCAUGAGUUCGAUCGCCUAGUAGAGACGGAAUUGACUCUUUGUAGUGUAGUUAUGAACAAAUAUUACAUUGUAACAGAAUUAGUAGUCUCUCAAAUAAAAAAAUACCUGGUAAACUUUCUUUUGUUCA